AUGGUCUGCAUCCCGCUCGGUCCCAAAUGUCUGCCGCUGCAGUUCGCGGCGCUCCGCUGUGCAGGAAGAGGAAGUUUAAAGCUGAGCGCAGGUAGUUGGGGAUUACGCCCGCCGCCGCCGCACACCUCCAAGAGCUGCGGCGAGCGGGCGGACGAGGGCCGGAAGACGGAGGCCGACCGCGGGAGGCCGCUGAGUAAAGGCGGCAGGAGGUCCAGUAACUCUCUGGAAAGCCUCUACAGCCUCCACAGCGGCCAGAGCUCCUCCAGCGGAGUCACCAGCGGGUCAGACUGCUCCAGCAACAGGAACAGUCUGAGGCUGGACGAUGAUCCACCGUCCGCUGGGCACUUCUGCGGCCGAGCCAGAGUCCAUACAGAGUACGUGCCAAGUCCCUACGACACCGAAUCCCUCAAACUCAAGGUGGGAGACGUGAUCGACAUCAUCGCCAAGCCUCCCAUGGGAAUCUGGAGAGGUUCGCUACGAGGCAGGAUCGGAAGUUUCAAGUUCAUCUACGUGGACGUGCUGACGGCGGAGGGCCAGGAGGCGAGCCCGGGCGCCAGGCACCGCUCCACCGUGCAGGAAGUGCUGAGGCGUCUCAGCUUGGAGGAGUACUCGUCGUCGCUGCAGCGCGGCGGCUUCCAGACGGUGGACGACCUGAUGGAGCUGAGCGAGCGCCACCUGACCGGGCUGGGCGUGAGCGACCCGGAGCACAGGCGGCGUCUGCUGGCCGCCGUCCGCUCCCUGCGGCUGCUGCGCCCCGACCGCCGGCCGGGGGACGAGGAAGACCGGGAGAACGGCGACGGCGUCAAGGCCAGCGGCCCGCGGGACUCUGGCUGCCACAUGGCGUCCGAGGAGGCGGAGCUUCACGCCGCCGACGCACAGGAAUGA